UGCCCCGUCAGUGGUGUCAGUGGGAGGAACUGUGCCCCGUCAUUGGUAUCAGUGGGAGGAACGGUGCCCCAUCAUUGGUGUCAGUGGGAGGAACAGUGCCCUGUCAGUGGUUUCUGUGGGAGGAAUAGUGCCCCAUCAUUGGUGUCAGGUGGGGGGAAUAGUGCCCCGUCAUUGGUGUCAGGUGGGAGGAAUAGUGCCCCGUCAUUGGUGUCAAUGGGAGGAAUAGUGCCCCGUCAUUGGUGUCAGUGGGAGGAAUAGUGCCCCAUCAUUGAUGUCAGUGGGAGGAAUAGUGCCCCAUCGUUGGUGUCAAUGGGAGGAAUAGUGCCCCGUCAUUGUUGUCAAUGGGAGGAAUAGUGCACCGUCAUUGGUGUCAGUGGGAGGAAUAGUGCCCCGUCAUUGGUGUCAGUGGGAGGAAUAGUGCCCCGUCAUUGGUGUCAGUGAGAGGAAUAGUGCCCGGUCAUUGGUGUCAGUGAGAGGAAUAGUGCCCCGUCAUUGGUAUCAGUGGGAGGAAUAGUGCCCCAUCAUUGGUGUCAGUGAGAGGAAUAGUGCCCCGUCAUUGGUGUCAGGUGGGAGGAAUAG